ACUAUCCAUUUGCAGCUACCUCGACACCACCGCUUUAAGCUGACCUUCUCGUAAUUUACUCAUGACCAUUGACCAGGGCCCAAGUUUGAAAGGGCCGAGUAAAGUCGCUCAAUUUGAGCUGGUAAUGGUAUAAACGAAACUAGGGCUGAAGGCCUCACCUCAAAUUGGCUUUCAUUGUUCGAUUGGUGAAUUAGGCUGGCGAUCGGCAACGACCAAAACCUUCGCCGUAAUCGGUUUUACAGGUUGUCUGGAUUUCUAGCUCUCGUGAAAAAGAAUGUAUUCUUCCAGGGGGAAUAGUUCGUAUGGGCAGCAACAGCAACAGCCAAAGCCACAGUCCUACACUGGUCAAUCUGCCUACAGUCAAAAUCUGGGAGCUGAUGCUGCCUCUCAGAUGCCCAUUGCUUCACGUCAUUCAACCUUGUUAGGUGGUCAUCCAUCUGCUGGAACUCAUUAUGGUGGUCAAUAUACUUCUGUGUAUGGUUCAACUGCACUCAACAGUGCUCUGCAGGUUCCACCUACAAGUAGCAAAGGAGCCGGACCUUCUAUUUUGGAAGGUCGAAGUGGCUAUGGUUCAACCAUGCAAGACUCACCAAAAUUCACAUCUGGAGACUACCCUGCAGCUACCCAAAAGUAUGGGCAGAAAGGGGAAAAGAUGCUAACUGAUUAUCCAUCAGGGGAUAGAGAUAGACUCCCAUAUACUGAAAGAGCAAGUGCAUAUUCUGGGAGAGAGUUGCAAAAUGAGUCAUCUGUUCGGUUUGCUGAUUCCAUUGCUUUUGGUCAUCAACAUCAGCCGGACAUUUAUGAUCGUUUAGAUGCAGCAUCAGCACUACGCCAAGAACUGCUCCAUGCUCAGUCACUCCAGUCAGCUUCUGUAGAUGGGAGUUCUAGACAAGCUGAUUAUCUAGCAAGAGCAGCUACUGUUCGCCAUGGAGGCCAAGAACUUCUGCCAUAUGGAGGAAGAAUGGAUGCUGAUCUUCAUGCCAUGUCAAUGAUCAGUGGCACACCCUCGAUUCUAGGAGCUGCCCCACGGAGAGAUGUGGAAGAUCUCGUCUAUGCAAAUCCUGGAUAUGGUGUUAGCCUGCCACCUGGCAGGGCAUAUGCUUCCGGAAAGUCUCUUCAUGACUCAGACUAUCCAAGUGACAUGCUGGCACGCGAUGGCUAUGCCAGGCUGGACCGGGAAAUCGAACGACGAGACGAAGACCGCCGCAGGGAGAUUUUACGCGAACGUGAGCGGGAACGGGAACGCCAACGGGAACGGGAAAGGGAAAGGGAAAGAGAGCGGGAAAGGGAACGGGAAAGGGAAAGGGAAAGGGAAAGAGAGAGAAGGAGGGAAAGGGAAAUAAUGUUGGAAAGACGGGAGAAGGAAAGGAAACGUGGUCUUGAAGUAAGAAGGGAGCGGACCCCACCGAGAAUCUCUAGGGACCGAGGUGGGUCAACAUCGGUCAAGGCUGGGAGGACUUUAAGGCGGGAAUCACCAGCUUCUUCGCAUAGGCGCCAUUCACCUGUCAAAGAAAAACGAAGAGAAUAUGUCUGCAAGGUUUAUUCAUCCAAUUUGGUAGACACUGAGAGGGAUUAUUUGUCCAUGGAUAAACGGUAUCCUAGGCUUUUUAUUUCCCCAGAAUGUACUAAGGUGGUUGUUAAUUGGUCAAGGGAGGAACUUCGUAUUCCUUUCAAUACCCCUAUCAGUUUUGAGCAUGAUUUUGUGCAAGAGGACACGAUAACUGAGCAUGAAAAAGCCACCAAAACAGUGGCUGAUGGUAUUGGAAAACUGGAAAGUGGAACUACUCGGUGGAAUGCCAAGAUGAUAUUAAUGAGUGGGCUUAGCAAUAAUGCUUUGGAGGAGCUAUCAUCUGAAAGAAACUAUGAGGAUCGUAUUCCCCAUCUUUGCAAUAUGCUGAGGUUUGCUUUCCUCAAAGAUGGAAGUUCAUUCAUGGCAAUUGGAGGCUCAUGGGACACUGUUGAUGGCAACGAUCCUUCUGUAGAUAAAUCUACCCUAGUUCAAACUGUUUCAAGGUAUGCCAAGGAGCUCACAGGACUUGACUUGAAGAAGUGCCAAAAUUGGAACCCAUUUCUUGAGAUUCACUAUGACAGAAUUGGAAGUGAUGGACUUUUUAGCCAUAAGGAAGUCACUGUACUCUAUGUUCCUGAUUUAUCAAACUGCUUACCUUCAAUAGAUGCAUGGAAAGAACAGUGGCUUGCCCACAAAAAGGCAGUUGCUGAAAGAGAACGCCUGCAUGCUCUUAAAAGAGAGAAAUCACGUGAAAAGAAGGAAGGCCAGAAAGAUAAGGAUUCUGGGAAGCCAAAAGAUUUGAAAAAAGAUGAAAAAGUUGGAAAAAAGAAAGAGUCUGGAACUUCUGGAUCAGCUUCAAAAACUAAUGGAACAGGAAAAACUGUCACAAAAGUUAAAGCAAAAGAAGUCGAAAAAGAAGAGGAGAAAACAGAUGCAGUAACAGAAAAGACAGAAAAAACAGAAAAGAAAGAUGUUGUUGAGACACUUGAUGAAGGCAAUAAUACUUCUGCAACAAAGAUUCAAACAGAAAAGGCUACUGGUGUUCAGACACCUGGUAGUGGGAAGAAGAAGAUAAUAAGAAAAGUAAUUAAAAAGAAGGUUGUAGCUGAAAAGGACGGAAACGCCCCCAAACAAACUGAUACAACGGAUACAAAGAACAGUGAAGAAACUACUACCACAAACACAGAUGUUAUUGUUGAAGAGGCUGAGCCAUCUGUUACUCCUAAUCCUUCAACUGUUAAGACCAAAAAGAAAAUUACCAAAAAGACCCCAGUGGUGAAAUCCGUUAAAAAAGAAGAUGAAAGCACACAAUCUGAGGUGACCCCAGUUAAGGAACCAGAAGGUUCUGAGGAAAAGACAAAAACUGCUGACGUGGCUGGUGCAAGUGUUAAAACUGUUGUUAAAAAAAAGAUUAUUAAAAGGGUUACUAAGAGAAAGAUAGCUGUUAAGGAUAAAGUGGCUAAAGAAACUGAAGAAGGGACAACUAUUGCUGAGGGCGAUGAGGGAAAUGAAAUAAAGUCAAAGAACAGUGAACCGGUUGCUGAGGUGGUGCCACCUGUCACCGAGCAGCAAAAGGAUUCCGGUGUUUCAAAUGAAUCUGGAAAGAAACAAGUAAAGGAAGAGAAGAAAGGUAAAACGGAGGGCAGUUCUGUAAUUAAAGCGAAGACUGAAAAUGAUGAUAAGUCUGAGGUGAAAGAUAAGAAAAAAGAUAAAGAUGGUAAAACUGAAUCAAAGAGUAAAGAGGUAAAAGAUAAGAAAAAAACUGAAGAGCCUCCACGUCAUCCAGGGUUCAUUCUUCAAACAAAAGGGAAUAAGAAUUCAAAAUUGCGUUCAAUGUCACUUUCACUAGACUCACUCUUGGAUUACACUGAUAAAGAUAUUGAAGAAUCUACAGUCGAGCUAUCUUUAUUUGCUGAAACAUUUUAUGAAAUGCUUCAAUAUCAAAUGGGUUCUCGGAUAUUAACAUUUCUCCAGAAAUUGCGAAUCAAGUUUGUGGCUAAAAGGAACCAAAAGAAGAGACAGAGGGAAGAAGCUUCUGACAAAAAGGAAAAAGAUAAAACUAAGAAAUCAUCUCCUAAGCGCUUGAAAACCGAAGAUGUUAAGGCUGAAAGCAAAUCAGAUAAAACUGAAACAUUGCAAGAAGUAGGUGAUGAAAAAACUGUGGUUAAAGAUGAAAAAAUGGUGGUUGAUGAUGUGGACAACACAAAACCUGAAGAAGAUGAAUCAGAAAAAGAAGAAGAUCCAGAAGAUGAUCCUGAAGAAGACCCUGAAGAAGAUCCUGAAGAAGAUGAUGAAGAAAUGGUAGAUGCAAGUCCCAAAAACGAGGAGAAAGGAGAGGAUGAAAAAAAAGUUGACAUGGAUGUGAAGUCUGAAAAUGUAGAAGAAAAAGUGAAAGCUGAAGAAGACAAUGCUGCUGCUGCUGCUAAAGUAACUGUGAAUCCAGACACAAAGUUGCAGGCUGAGGAGAAAAAGGAAAACACAAAGAAGAAGAAAGAAGCUCCAGUUACCAUUAACAAAGAGCUUUUGCAGGCUUUCAGGUUUUUUGACCGCAAUCGAGUGGGCUACAUUAGGGUUGAAGAUUUAAGGUUGAUGCUACAUGCAAUGGGAAAAUUCAUGUCUCACAGGGAUAUCAAGGAACUCGUACAAAGUGCACUGCUGGAGAGCAACACUGGGAGGGAUGACCGUAUUCUUUACAAUAAGCUGGUGAAAAUGACUGAUCUCUGAAAUUGAAGUGCAAGAAGCUGCUGGGAUUUUAGUAAAAUACUUUUUUUUUUUUUUUUUUUUUUAAUU